AUUUUUAGGUAAUCAGAUUACGCAAGAUAGGUGGUAAUAAGGUGGAGCCUUUGUGAGUUCCCUCUUUCUGAGAGACGAAGCUGUUGGAGUUCGAAGUGGAAUAGCGAAUGGUGGUGGGCUUCCAAUGCCAUGGCCGAACCUCGAAAGAAACAGGUGUCGUUGAGGGGAGCAAGCGCACAGGAGAUUACGAGGGAUGCCCUUCUCGAGAAAGUUUCUCAGGAAAGAGAACUCCGCAAUUACAGCAGACGCGCUGCUGCUGCUGCUCUGUUCAUUCAGAGAGUUUGGAGGCGUUACAGUGUGACAAAGAAGAUAUCUGUGCAGCUUCAAGAAGAAUGGGAGGCCUUGGUGAAUCAUCAUGAUGCUUUGAUGACUAGCAGAUGGAUUUCCUGCAGUUUGUUAAGACCUUUCCUUUUUUUUAUUACUUAUUCAACAACUGUACAUCAGAAGCUUCGAUACAAAGAUGUGAAGUGUAUGCUGACAUGCUUCAAAAUUCUAUUGGAAAGCAUAAAUUCAACUGUAUCACAGAAAAACUUCUGUUCUCUGGCUAUGGGUACACUUGAUGAAAGGAAAACAUGGCUCUACCAAGCAAAGAAGUUGAUAUCAGUGUGCUUAUUUAUUCUUGCGGAAUGUGAUUACUCAUGUGCAGGGGAGCGGGAGACCAUUUUCUUAACUACCCUAGCUAUGCGUCUGGUAGUUGCCUUAACUGAUCCAAAAGGGUGGAAGAGUUUUAGCAGUGAGAAUAUUAGGGAUUUUGAUAGUGCAGGAAAGGAAUUGGUCAUAUGUACAGCAUCUGGGAAGAGUCAUCUUUACAGUCGUAUCAGGAGAUACAUAAUCAAAUUGGAUCCUCGAUUUGCACAGAAUCGGAAGAGUGGUUUGCAGAUGGAAGAUCAUUUGUUGAUUACUGCUAGUGCAGUAACUUUAGCUUUGCGGCCCUUUCAAGUUAUAAAAUCGAAUUUGAAUGAUUUUGGACUUUUGGAUGGACAAGAUGUUGUAGAGCAGUACUGUGUUUUUAUACUUACAAUUCCUUGGUUUUCUCAGCGACUUCCAACAGUUCUGUUACCUGCUCUGAAGCACAAGUCUAUUGUGUUGCAGUGCCUCAGGACUCUACUGAUCUCAAAGGAGAAGAUUUUUUUGGAGAUGUCAAAGUUGGAUCAAUCAGAAGUAGCUGGUUGUUGUCCUAAGGAGAUUCCAGCUGUUGGUUGGGCUCUUGCUAAUAUUAUAAACCUUGCUACAGAGUCUGACAAUGAUUCAGCAGAUUCUCAACAGUUUGCUCAAGGCUUAAACUGCAAGCUAUAUAUUCAUGUCAGUAUCACUGUUGCAGAGAACUUAUUGGCCUGCUUUCAAGCUGUUGGACAGAUAAAGAAGGGGAACCAUGGUUGUCAAAAUACUAUUGAUGAUUCUAGAGGAACUGUUGAUCCAGACAGUUGUGUGACUGAGAUAAUUGGAUCCUUAAAGAUGUCAUACAUAGACCUUCUUAAGCCUGUUCAUCUGCAGUGGCAUCUUAUGACACUUUUGACAAUUGUAAAUAAGGAUGAUUUCAUUCUGGAGCCGGAUAAUUCUCCAGAUGAAUACUUGGGGAAGUUGGAACUGCUUGAUAUUGUAUAUUUUUAUUCUUACAUGCUGAGAAUAUUUUCUUACUUGAAUCCAACUGUUGGUUCAUUGCCUAUACUGAACAUGCUGUCUUUCACCCCUGGAUUUCUUGUUACUCUAUGGGGAGCAUUGGAAGAUUCUAUUUUUCUUGGAAAAAAUCAUACUGCAGAGGACAAUAAGCCUUGCACAAGUGGUGUUCCUGGGAAUCAAAAUGAUAGUAGUUUUCAGAAAAAGCAAAGACGUACCGCAAAAGAUGCAGGAAAUAAAUGGGUCACCGUACUGCAAAAGAUCACUGGGAAGUCAUCUGCUGAUGUGGAUUGUAUGCAUUCAUUCAACUGCUCUAGGGACAGUUCAUAUGAGGGUGAUUCUUGUGAUUCAUGGGAUGUUGAACCUGUGAGGCAGGGUCCUCAAGGCAUUUCAAAAGACAUGUCAUGCCUGCUGCAUCUGUUUUGUGCCACAUAUUCUCACUUGCUUUUGAUACUUGAUGACAUAGAAUUCUAUGAAAAACAGGUUCCCUUCAAGCUGGAGCAACAGCGAAAAGUUGCAUCAGUUCUCAACACUUUAGUGUAUAAUGGUUUUUCUCAUAGUAAUGGCAUGCAAAAUGUGCCGUUAAUGGAUGCUGCAGUUAGAUGCCUUCAUUUGUUAUAUGAGAGGGAUUGCAGGCACCCAUUCUGUUCUCCUUCUCUGUGGCUUUCACCUGCUAGAAAGAAUCGGCCUCCAAUUGCAGCAGCUGCUAGGGCUCAUGAAGUUAUAUCUACGAAUCUGAGAUUGGGUGAUGUCUCCACUAUUCCAGGCAUGAGUUCUGUUAUAGCUACUAUUCCACAUGUAUUUCCUUUUGAAGAGAGGGUUCAGAUGUUUAGAGAAUUUAUCAAGUCAGACAAAGAUUCUAGAAGAAUGGCUGGUGAAGUGGCUCGACCAGGUCCGGGUUCGAUAGAGAUAGUUGUUCGCCGUGGUCAUAUAGUUGAAGAUGGAUUUAGACAAUUGAACUCCCUUGGGUCAAAGUUAAAAUCUGGUAUUCAUGUUUCAUUUGUCAGUGAAUGUGGCCUUCCCGAAGCUGGCCUUGAUUAUGGUGGGUUAUCCAAAGAGUUCUUAACUGAUAUCUCAAAAGCAGCCUUUGACCCUGAAUAUGGUCUUUUCUCUCAGACUUCAACUUCCGAGGGACUUUUGAUUCCUAACACGACUGCAAGAUUGAAAGAGAAUGGAAUCCAGAUGAUUGAGUUCCUUGGGAGGGUUGUUGGCAAAGCACUUUAUGAAGGAAUAUUGCUAGAUUAUUCUUUUUCUCAUGCUUUUGUACAAAAACUUUUAGGCCGAUAUAGCUUUCUUGAUGAACUGUCAACACUAGAUCCUGAGCUGUACAGGAAUCUUAUGUAUCUAAAGCAUUAUGAUGGUGAUGUCAAGGAUCUCUCUUUGGAUUUCACAGUCACUGAAGAAUUGCCAGGCAGACGGGUUGUCAUUGAACUUAAAACUGGUGGGAAAGAUGUUGCUGUUACAAAUGAGAACAAGUUGCAGUAUGUCCAUGCAAUUGCAGAUUAUAAACUCAACCGUCAGAUAUUGCCUCUGUCAAAUGCAUUUUAUAGGGGGUUGGUUGAUCUCAUAUCUCCAUCUUGGUUGAGCUUAUUUAAUGCAAGUGAGUUCAAUCAGUUGCUUUCCGGUGGAAAUCAUGACAUUGAUGUUGAUGAUUUGAGAAAGAACACACGGUAUACUGGUGGCUAUUCUGAGGGUAGUCGGACAGUAAAGCUUUUUUGGGAGGUUAUGGCCGGAUUUGAACCAAAAGAGCGCUGUUUGGUUCUAAAGUUUGUGACAAGUUGCUCUCGAGCUCCAUUACUGGGGUUCAAACACUUAAAGCCACCCUUUACUAUUCAUAAGGUAAGAUCUCUACCUCACAUUGUUGCGGGCAGAUUUGACUCUUUAUAUGUCACAUACUUUUGGUUGUUAUGAAAGUUCACUAUCCAUUGAAUGGACAUAUCAAACUUUUUGCAGAUUGUCGUGAAUACUUUUUAUGGGCUCUGGCUCUCCAUGUCACUCAUUAUUACUUUUUAUAG